AUGGGUCGGGCCUUAGCUGAGGUGCGGAAUGAGGUUGCCCGCGUGGCCGGGGCUGCGCAGGACCUGGCACCCGAGGUGGAGCAGGCAGUGAGGGGAUCGACCGAGCCUGGUGUAGUGGCAGGUGGCAGUGAAUCUCGAUCGAUUCUGCAGUUGCGCUGCAUGUUGAUGCAAGUUGCAAUGCUCGUUUCUGAGGAGCGAGUUCAUGGGCGACCGAAAGAGAAAGAGCGUGGGGGCUUUGUGCAGGCCUGUCGCCGAUUAGUCGGUGAGGAGGCGCAGAUGCAGGCUGACAAGUGGGCCCAAGCUUUCCACUAUCACAAGCAGGUCGCCAGCGAGGCGCUGACGACUGCGAUCGCAGAGCCGCGGUCCGAGGUGAAGGCGCUCCGCCUCGCCCUGUCCGAACAGGAAGCUGCAAUGGCUGCCCGGUUUGAGCGCCUUGCAGGUGAUGUUCAGCGACAGGAUCGGGCAAUCAGCAGCCGCUUGAAGCAUGAGAUCGAAGAGUUGACGGUCGGCGUGGAAGAGCGGAUGGCUGCCGCUUCCGCGACGGCGCGGCAGGCAGUGCAAGAGCAGCGGCAAGAGGUUCUCAAGCAGCUGGACCCGGUGAUGGAGAGGCUGACAGAGGUCUCAGCAAACAUGCAAGCCAGUCGGCGAGCAGAGGCAGAGCUUGGGAGUCAUUUCGAGCGGCUCUUGGUGACCACAGAGGAGUUGUGCGCCGGGCAGGAAGCGCUGUCAGUACAAGGCGCGGAUACUGCACAGAGCCUCAACGAUCUCCGCGCGGAGAUUCGGACUGUGGGCAACACUCGUGACGUCGAUGUGAAGCAGGUGGUAUCGCCCAGGAGACGGAGGAUGCAAGACGGCAGCCCUCCACCCUUUGGUCUGCGGUCGCAUGCUCUUGCCGACAGGCCUGGAGGCUCCCUGCCCUUCUCCAUGGAGCCGGUGGCGAGCAGGACACCGGAGGAGCCCGUGUCGCACGAAGCCGCACAAGCUGCAAGGUCUUUGCAGUCAUCGCCUGACCGCCAUGGAACUCUCUCCGCCGACCUUCCUAGCGCCUUCAGUCGCCUUGGCGAGCUGCGCCGGCGCUUAGGAUCUCCUGCGUUGGCUGCGGCCCAGGCACAGGAGAUCCUUGAGCCGAUUGGAGGCAGCAACACGGCUUUGAGGUCGCUGGCAACGACCACCACGGGUUACGGCAGGUAA